AUUUCGACCCAAAUACACCAAGAAGGAGAGAAGAGCUCUGCAAACUUCAUCUCCAUAGCCCAAAUCCGAACUCAAGCUAAAGGGAGUCCAAGAAGAAAGUUUAAGAAGGAAAAAGCUAGGAAAAGGGUGUGAGAAUUAAGGAACUUGAUUUAAAGUAUUUUUGAGCCUCGCCGGAGUUUCGUCGGAGUUGGUCAAAGUUCGCCGGAGUUGGUCAAAGUCGCCGGAGUUGGUCAAAGUUCAAUCAAGAAACGUAGAACGCGCUUAAGCUUAAUUAAGUUUCAGGUAGAACUUGAAGGUUGCUACCACCAGCCGCUGCUUCGGGAAGUUUCUGAGGAGAAGACUUGACGCCUUGUAUAGUAUGGAGGAGUCGGACUGCGGUUGACUAUUCGUACUGUACGGCGGGUUGUUGACGUGUCCGGGUAGGUCCGGGGCGUGACAGUUUCCACAUGAAGAAACAGAUUGUUGAAGUUUUGGACAACGUAGUCGAUCAAAUGCGGUUGGAUGAAAAAUAUGGUGAAAUGUCAUACACAUUGAGAGAUAUGUUUGUGGACUACUUUACUGAAGUGGGGCUUGAUAAUGACUCCAAUACAUUUUACAAGCCAAAUCUAAAGAGAUUGACAAUGAACUGGAGAGAAGCUAAUAAUGUGCAUGAUUAUGGCUUGUGGAGCAUGAGGCAUAUGGAGACCUACAUGGGCAAAGGCGUCAAGGGUUGGGAUUGUGGAGUGAAGAAAGGAGAUGCAAAGGAACUGAGUGCAUUACGAGUGAGGUAUUGUGCAGUACUCAUCACAUCAGACGUGAAUGAGAUGAAAGACAAGAACUUGGAUGAAGUGAAGUCAUUUGCGAAGGGGAAAAAUAUUAAGAAAUAGAUGUGAAUUUGGGACUAAACAAUUGUUAGAUGCCUUGAACAUUUGAUUGCGUGAAUUUGGGACUAAUUAUUGUGCUUGAACUUUUAUAUUGCGUGAGGCGUAUUUGUUUUUUUAAAAGGCGUGAUGCCUUGAACAUUUGAUUUUGUUGGUUACCAACACAAUUGGCGUUUUUCGAAUAUAAUUUAAUUUGGUUUAGACAUUA